CAGCAGUAGCGCAAACGUCCCACAUUAAAACCUCGAUGUGAGCCUCUGGGUGUCUGCUUUGUUGCCACUUUUCACAAUUCAUUCCUUUUGUUGUAGGUCCCAAAACUCCACACAUCGUUCCACUGACACCAGUUCAUCUUUAUCUUGUGGGAGUUUGCCAUUCCACGCCCGGCUUCUCGCCAUGUCUAAUUGGUUUCACCGAAAUCCGCUGAAAGCGACUUCAAAGAUUACUUUUGACCUGGGUGUCGUUGCUGAAAGUUUACAUGCGCGCAGUAUUUGCCAUGAUUUGGCUUCCACUCGAAUAAACCUGCUCAAACUUCUGGUUGAUCCCGCAGUCACCACAGAAUCUGUGUUGGGCUUAACGCAGCAGUACAUUUCUUUGCUGAUGGGAUUCAUUGAAGCAGCACCGUCUAAUGAAGAGUCUGAAGAUCCAGUUGCUUCUAACAAACUGAGGAAUCUGGUCAUGUUUAAAUGGUCCAAUAGUGCGGAACCGAAAAAUGCAUCACCCAUUAUGGAGCCAGACGCCUUGUUCGAGGUUUGCUCUAUGUUGUACAAUGUGGCACUGUGGUUGACCAAGCAUGCGGCAAAACUGUCUGCGAAAGAUGAAGUUUCCACAGAUGAAGCCAAAGAAGUUCACACCUCCCUCCGUCAUGCUGCGGGGCUUAUCCAACUCAUUCGAGAUAAAUACGUAUCUAAGUUGAAUUCGUCGCCUAAACCAGGAGAUGACUUAAGUGCGGAUGUGAUGGAGGCCUACAUCCACCAGUCGGUUGCCGAAGCACAAGAAGUCACGUUGGCCAGGGCCAUUGAACUCAAGCAUGAUCCUAGCCUCAUCGCAGGUCUGGCGAAAGAAACUUCCAACAUGUACCAAAAAGCAGCCGGUGCUCCCACCGAUUCUGGCGUUGCAACUGUGAUCGGUCAGAUAAUCUUAGCAGCUCACCUCGUUAUUCUCGAAAGUUUGUCGAUGUUCCCACCAGAUAUGCUACAGUUUAUAUUCCGGAUUGAGAAUCCGGUCUCAAGUGUUCAGGGGAAGGCAGGUCCCGAUGUCCGAAUGGCUUCACCGGCCUUCGCCUAUGUAUACUUUGCCGAGCAACAACUGAAGAUGGAAAAGGCUGGUUCCGGCUUGGCUGUGAUUGCUGAAGCUGAAAAAGCUCACAAGUUGGCCAUCGAAACCGCCAAAGUGUACGGAAGAACUGAGGGUGUUGGACUGUCAGCCAAGAUGGCAGAGCAUUGUUUCUUUCGUCGCCUUGGUGUAAUGAUACAGAACACGAGACGUAAAUUGGAACGAGAAAACAGUAUGAUAUUUCACCAGCGUGUGCCUCCCUCGGUUCCAGUGUUCGAUUUGAAGGCCCAGUUCGGUGUGGUUGAACCGCAAGCUCCCGAAAUGGAUCUGUCAGUCGAUCAACGUUGGAAAGAAGCUUAUAAAGGGUUCAACGAAAAGAAGGUGUCUGAGAUGAUCCUUCAAAAAGAAGUGGGUUGUGGUGGAUCGUUGUGA